AAUUGAAAAUACUGUGGAAACAAAGACAAAGACAUUUUUUUUAAAAAAUGGCUGGUGCUAUUGUUUCGCGUGUAUUCGUCCAAUCAGUGAACACUAAUGUCACUGGUAGUUCCUAUAGUGCUGGUCUAGACCCGACUCUGAAGUACCAGCUAAAUUAGUUCCUCCAAAAGAGUUCCUAGAACUGAAAUCGUUCCUAGUUCCUGUUCGCCAAUAGUUUUAGGAACUAUGAAAAGGUUCCGGUGCGAAAGCCCCUAUAGAUGCAUUAAGAUGGACUGUUUUAUUGCUUUAAAUAAUCCCAAACCUGUUCUGAUAUCCUGUGUUGUGUUCUUAGAUGCCCAGGCCGGCACCUUUUAUUUUGUAGGUGUUACGAUGGGUGUUUGUCAGCUUCUGUCUUUGUUAGAACUGUUUCACAUAGCAGACGGUUUUGAGGAGUGCAGACUUUUCCCUCGCUUUAUGCAGGUAAUGGAGAGAAAUGUCCUUCUGUUUCUCCUCAUCAGUCUGGAAGAGUUUCAGAGUAAACCAAUCGUGUGUGUGCAGUUUUAUCUGUGGAAUAUACUGGGCCUUCUAAGGAUCCAGUUUCACAGCACUACUCUUGCUGAAGGAAAGGAAGGAGAUUCUGGGCAGCUGGAUUAAGAAACCGAAGGAAAACUAACCCAGACAAGAACAAGAUAUCAGUACUGGCUCAUUCACCAAAGCGAAAUAUUCUAACCAUGGGAGUAUUAUGUUGGCGGGGGAGUGCAUUCCUUAAAUUAAUUUUUAACUAGAAAAAAAUAACAAAAACAAUAUAAUUAAAAAAAC